AUGGCUAAGGACCAACCCUUCUACCUGAGUUUGCGCCGCAGUUGCUACCUGCUUCUCUUUCUGUCGUUCUUCUCCUCGUUCCUGUUCAUCUGUUGGUCUUACUUCUCCAACCGCUGCUAUGCCGAUGUCCAGAUUGCAGUCGAGGCAGAUAAGAGAGAGUUGAACCUUCUUUCGUUUCAAGCUGCAUGGAAUUCGCUUCACUUUCCUUCUGAGCCACCUUCAAGAUUGCUCAAGCUAGCUGUUUUCGUCAAGAAAUGGCCUGACAAGCACCACGCUGGAGGGCUGGAGCGCCAUGCCAUGACUCUGCAUCAGGAUCUUGCCAGACGGGGACACGAGCUCCACGUGUUCACAUCUUCCUCGACUAAUGUAACCUCGAUAGAGAAUUUACAUUUCCACCUCUCACAGCCAACGGCUGCUGGUUAUCUAGACCAAGCUACAAUCUGGAAGCAGUUUCAGGCUGAGGAUUCUACUGGGAGACCUUUCGAUGUGGUUCACACAGAGAGUGUUGGCCUGAUGCAUUUUAGAGCGAGAAAUCUUAACAACAUAGCUGUUAGUUGGCAUGGAAUUGCAUAUGAAUCUAUACAUUCUGACAUCAUUCAGGAACUGCUGCGGGCUCCUCAAGACAAGCAGUCAUCCAUUUUGGCCGAAAGGGUAACCAAGGUUGUGGAAGAAAUACAAUUCUUCCCACGUUAUGCUCACCAUGUUGCCACUAGUGAUCAUGUGGGAGAUGUCCUGAAACGGAUCUACAUGUUACCUGAGGAGCGCGUUCACAUUAUUUUGAACGGUGUUGAUGAGGAUAUUUUCAAGCCAGAGGCUUAUAGUGGUGAAGAUCUCAAGUUGGCAUUUGGGAUUCAAGAACCUACGCCACUAAUUCUUGGAAUUGCAGGAAGGUUGGUGAAAGACAAAGGACAUCCCCUGAUAUUCGAAGCAUUAAAACAAAUUUUCAACGAGAGUUCAAAAUUCAAGGAAGAUGUCGUAGUUCUAGUGGCUGGAGAUGGUCCCUGGGGUGCGAGAUACAAAGAGCUUGGAUCCAACUUGCGUGUUUUAGGCCCGUUGGACCAAGCUCAACUAGCAAGAUUCUACAAUGUUAUUGACAUUUUCGUAAAUCCAACACUACGUGCUCAAGGUUUGGAUCAUACCUUGUUGGAAGCCAUGCUUGUUGGGAAACCGUUGAUGGCCACAAAACUUGCCAGCAUCACAGGUUCUGUGGUCAUUAGCCAAGAAAUAGGAUACACAUUUUCACCCACAGUAGACAUGCUGAAGAAAGCUCUGUACGACGUUUGGAAGGAUGGAAGAGUUACUCUCCAGAAGAAAGGUCAGUUAGCCAGGGAAAGGGCCUUGAAAUUGUUUACUGCCACCAAAAUGGCUGCAGCUUACGAGAGAUUAUUUUUGUGUAUUGCUGAGAACACAAAGGUUAGAAAUGGUCACUGCACUUACACAAAUAACUAGAAGAUAGGUUUGUGACAGAAGAUCAACAUUGCUCUUGAGGUACACUACAAACCCUAACAUGCGUCUUGGUUUGGUAGUGGAGACACCCGUUGGAGUUUACAAAGAGAUAAGUUCACUGCAAUAUGAUACCAUGUCAGAGGUUAGUUCUAACAGUGCAAGUACAUAUUUUUUUUAUUUGAACUGCUAAAAAGGUAUUAGAAGGUAUUAACAGACCUGAACAUAACAGAAGGAGUUGUAGAACAUAUGGUAACACCAGAGUGUAUGUGAUGUCUCCAAUCCAUUAGGCCAGUUCCCUGCUUCUUAUUUCAAACGUUUCAUUUGAAUAAAAUUGUUGAUCAGAGUACAAAUGAACAUUUCUAAGUAUAUUUUCUCCCUAUUUCUUGAAUUGGUAAGAACAAUGGUUAUUGCAGCA